AUGGCUGAAACCAACAAAAUUUCGAAAGUUCGGUCGAACAUUGGAGUGCGUCCGGAGAGGUUUGCGGAAACCAUCAGACUUACCGUCCAUCAAGCAGAGCCGAAAACAUUCGACGAAGCUGUCUCCGAAAGCGCAAAAUGGAGAAAUGCGAUGCACGAAGAGAUGGCGUCUCACCGUGAGCAUGGGACCUGGGAUAUCACUGAACUACCUCCAGGACGUAAGGCAAUAGGAUGCAAAUGGGUCUACAAGCGGAAGCAGGACGAGACCGGUCAAGUAGCAAGAUACAAAGCCAGACUAGCGGCCCAAGGAUUUUCUCAAAAGUUCGGGACGGAUUAUGACCUAGUAUUUGCUUCGGUCGUGAAGUAA